UAAAAUUUUCAAUAGAACGCAUCUUGCGUUCAUUUUUAUUGGUUGGUAGCAACACGUACAUAGUAGUCGCCCCUUUUACUCAUCCCCAUCCCAUUGUCGUUGCCUUAUCAAUCGUGUUCGUAGGCACCUAACCGUGCAAGUGCAAGGAGAUAAUGAAAAGGGGGAAUGUACGGUGGUAAGAUAGAGGUACAUAUCCGGCGAAAGAAUGCAAGCGCAAAAAUGCAUAGUGGCAAGUACCUACCUAGGCAACCUAAGUAUUGUACCAGUUCGUAAUUCGUUUUUUAGCGGGUGGACGGGCGCUUUUAGGCCCCGGUCCCCCUUUCCCCUCCCCCAAAGUUGUUGCCCAAAUUUGAGCGAUGCGCACCUGCACCCAAUCAGAGCGACGGAAAGCAGAGAAUUGACCAGGCCAGAAGGAAGGCGUAAGUUCUUUUGGUGGAGCAAUGGGGCCCCCUUCAACCCCUCUGCCACCCUCUGCAUAACCUGCACAACCACUAUUCUGACUUUGUUGUUGCUCGGGCUGCCUGCUGCGGCGACCAAGCAAAAAUUUGCGCCCCAAACAAUUCAACGUCACCUCAUCCAACGACGACACUUCGGCCAUCAAAACAACCACCUAAACACCCUUAUUAGCUCUUUUAAAUUUGAUUUUUCAUCGUCGCAUGACAUAAACUUUUAGGUCCCCGAAUUUUUUCGGGAUUUUUCCGACCACAAACGCGACUUUUCCCCUACCAUCCCUCCACACCGCCGACCGCCAUGUCGACCCGGAAAGUGCGAUACAAGAAGCUUAACACAAAGACGCCUCUGCCCGUACUCCGCGAAGAUCAAAUCGACCCCAACGAAUAUGAAUCCCUCACAAAUGAAUCUCAAAUCGCUACUGGCGUCGAGCAGGCUGAGGAAAAUGUGAGUUAUCAUUACUUUUCUUACCUUUCAUACGCGUAUCACGUGAUUUUCCACGUGACUUCGCGCUGGCUUCUACAUGUGUUUUUGAUAUUGGUUUAUAUCAACCA